GCAAGAGCAGGCUUGCAGUUGCAAUCACUACCCACGCACGAAGCUAAACCGUCUCAAAGAAACUACUAGCUAGCACUGAGCAAUGGCUUCCAAUGCGAGCUUGUUAGCCGUGAUCAUGGCGUGCGCGCUCCUCGGCGGCCACACGUGCCAUGGCGCACGCCACCUGGCCGACACCACCCCGGCGGCUGCCCCACCCGCUGCGGCUGCUGUCCCUGGCCUCCCGGCCGUGCCUACCAGGCCGACCCUGCCGCCGAUGCCGGCUGUGCCAACGGUUCCGGCCGUGACAGUACCACCUAUGCCAACGGUGCCGGCCAUGACAGUGCCACCUAUGCCAACGGUUCCCGCGGUGACUGUGCCCGCCGUGCCUCAGGUGGCAUUGCCUCCUAUGCCGGCUGUUCCAUCCGUGCCCAAGGUGACCAUGCCCCCGAUGCCCGCCGCUGCCGUGCCCAAGGUGACCUUGGCGCCGAUGCCCGCCAUUGUUGUGCCUAAGGUGACGGUGCCACCUAUGCCCGCCAUUCCUUCCAUGCCCAAGGUGACACUGCCUCCGAUGCCUUCUAUCCCAACAUUCAACGUGCCUAUGCCGUUCCUGGCACCACCUCCAUCAGCAUAGGUCUGCCAUGCGCAUGUUGGCGUGUUCGUCAUUUCGGCGGUGGCGCACUCUUCAUGUUUGAUCCAGUCGCUAGAUCACUCGGCAGCUCCUAUGUGAAGUAUUUGUGUUCAUGUUGUAUGUUUCACAUUUCACGUCCUACAUGCCAUUUAGUGUGUGUCGAUUUUCAAGGGUUGUCCCAGUACAUAUGUGUGAUAUAUCUAUGUAUUUACAUGUUAUA